CCAAGGUUUCAUAUCUAACUAAGAAAAUCGACCAUCUCUAGCAAGCACAUUUUGCAAUUUCCAUAAAUUAUUGUGUUUUUCCAACGAUUUCGCCGGGGAAAUGUACGAACUGAAGACCCUUCUGCCGCAAUUCGACAUCAAGCUACCCACCUGCAUGUAUCCGCUGAAGAAUGUGAGCCUGGCGGCGGAUUCCCUGGCCAGUUCGUCCCCCUCAUCCGCAUCCGCGUCCACAUCAUCAUGCAAAUUGGAGGCCAGCAGAAGCAGCAAAACAAGCCGAAACGCAGCCACAUGUGCCCUUGAUUUGGAUUUUUUAGGCCGACAAAUACAGCAGCUGCUAAAGGACGACACGGCAUCGGUGGCUGCGCGCCAGGAGAAGGUUCUCAAGCAGUUGGAGGAGCUCAAGGAGCAGCUGGGACAGAUCCGAAAGGGACUUGGGGUGUGUGGCAAGACCAUCCAGCACACGACUGCCUUCCAGAAUGGUGGCUUAAAGGAGGUGCCCCUCCAGGAUGUAGUCAUCAAUGGACAUCCCAAUUUCAUACCUUACGCCUUGUUGGCCUUGAAAAAUGCCUGGCGGGAUCUGUACACUAUUGAUGUGAAGACUUUCACGCACUCCACGAUGGCUGAUAUUGGACCAGCAGCUCGAGAAUUCGAGGCUAACUUGGCUAAGGUGCCAGUCAACCCAGCUCUGCCCAAGAUUAGUGUCACUCUCAUCUGGAAAAACUGCGAACACACCGAGAUGAUCAGCUCGCCCACCAUGUACGUUCCUAUUUACGGUGAGGUGAACAUCAUCCGGUAUUUGGGUCGCGUGGGUCCCGCCGAAUAUCGAUAUGAGGGCUCCCCGCUUUGCAAUGAGAUCGAUCUCGUCCUGGAUAUUUGCUACCAACUGCUGCGCUGCAACACCCACAAAACGCAGGUGGCAAUGGUGCGAUUGCUGGACAAACGACUGCAGCAACAGCAGUACUUCGGCGGAUCCCAGAUGUCGGUGGCCGAUAUCGGAGUCUACAGCUCGCUCAUCCGCAUGCCCGCUAUUACCGACAAGGAUCUGACGCCGGCGCUUGUGGCCUGGCGGAAACGGGCGAAGCUAGUGGCUCAAAUUUAAACAAUUCUAUCGACGAAGGCGAACAAAUAAAUUAUUGAAAAAAAUAAAUGAGAAGUUUAAUA